AUGAUGCGCCUUUGCCUCCCCUCAGCGUUCCUUCGCCUCGCGGACGAGCACGAAUUGGAAAGCCAGGCGGUUCCAGCCUCUUCCCCAGAUCGCUCCGUUGACCCCUCCCACUCACUUUCCCAGGAGGGAAAUGUGAUUUUCCCUCAAGGCGGCGAAAUUCGUGCUUCACCAGCAGCAGCCCCCCCUUUUGAAGACCCACUUGCAAGAUCAGGAAAUGAGGCGUCACGCUGCGGCGAGCACGGUUUGCAGACUGCUGCUGAGCAGAGUGCUGUUAGGCGGAAUGACGCUGCCAGGUGGGCUGAACGCGCUUCUCUGGAAGCAGGACGGGCCUCUCUGGACGCGCAGCAGGGACUCAUGAGCCGCCUGCCACCGCGGCCCGGCGGGCGAUUCUCCCUGGAGGAAUCCUGCUGCGGCCGCUCCUACCGCUGCGACAACAUGUGCUUCCGGGGCUUGGAGGCGUUUCCGGGCGAGCCCACACGACGGUCCGAUGCCGCUGCCUCUCCUCGACCUUCUGCGCCCAAGCAGCCGCUGGAGAGGAAGCUAUCUAGCGGCAUUCCGCGGGUCAUGAGCGACGUUGAUCAGAUUUCGGCGCGUCACUCUGACCCGGUUCACAUUCGUGGUGGAUCUGAUCGGUAUCCAUCCCGGGGUCGGACUUGGGGCUCUGCUCGAGACACUGCUUGCAGCCACUCCGCCAGUUUUGCCAAUUUGGGCUCUUUGAGCGCCACAGGCAGUUUUUCAGAGACGCAUGAUUCAAAUCACCGACAUGCGUCAGGUUUGGGUCACUGCACUCGUUUGCACAGCAGCCACAGGCACUCCUUGGGAGCAUCUCUUGCAGAUCUUGCUCUGAUUGAAGAAGCCCUUGGUCUCUCACAGCAAGGCAGCCUCCAUGCGGACACCUUGAGAGCAGAGGACCAUUCUCACCCGGGUCUAGCUCGUGGGGAUUCUCUCUGUGGGGGUUGUUCUUGGCGUGCUGCUGAGCUGGCGUGCAGCCCGAUGUGGGUGGAUAGCGCCAGGUCACGGAUUCAGGAGGCUGCACUGGCUGUGGUGGAGGCACAGCAAGCAGCAGUGGAGCUGAGUGCACGGAUUGAUGAGGCAGAGGGACGUUCGACAGGAGGGCUUGCAUUGAGAAGCCUACCAGGAUUGUCCUCCUUUCCUGUGACGAGGAGGAGCUUUGAUGGUGUGGCAAGCCUGCGACAUCAGUCGGUGGAAACUGACUUCACGUGGGCGAAUGACCAUUUGGUGGCCUCGGAGGAGUCAUCGCGUGAUUCAGGGAGGUUGUGGGAGAACGACGCUGGGUGGGAGCGGCGUUGUGACUGUGGAGCUCGUUCAAGUGGUAGCAACUUGAAAUGCAACACUUCUGGGAGAGGCGACGGCGUCGCCGGGGCGCGACACUCUAGCCUCCCGUCGCGCUUGUCGUAUGCCAACAUGGGCGUGCUUUCCCGCCGCUCCGACGACCUGAGCUCGCGACAGCGGCGGCCGUGUUCCCGUCGCACGUCGUCGUGCAGCGACAUCAGCAUCCUGUCACCUGCGUCGUCCGUCUACUCGCACGACGACGCGAACCGGACGUUGAUGUGCGUGGGAUGCUCGAGGUUAGACGCUGAGCUGGCUUGCGACCCGUUGUGGAUUGACAGCGCACGCGCGAGAAUCGGCGGCGCGGCAUUGGCUGUCGUGGAGGCUCAACAGGCAGCGGAAGAGCUGAGUGCGAGGGUAGAGAUGGGCGCAACUCUCCCUGCGCGGGAUCUAGAAUCUCCUGUAGACCCCCGCCAGCUUUGCAUGGGAGAGAUUGUGGGUGCAGAGGCGGAAGCUAGCAGGUCAGAAGAUGAGAGAGUGACCAGGCCAAGGGGUCUGGGGUGGGGUAAGUCCCUGGGGGAUGACACUUCAAGAGUGGCUAAGAAGCUUGCUGCUCACAUCAGGAAGGGAGGCAAUGAAAAGCAGGACAAGAAAGCCAGCCAAGGUAGUCAAAAGGCUAGGUUUAUUCUUGUGGCAGGCGGCGCAAGCAGGCGCGUCGCAGGCGGCGGGAGCCAUGAGCGCCGGGAGCCAGCCGGCCAGCAGCACAGGUGCCUAUGCGCCGUCACACCAGGGUUGGGACGUGAUCGGAGCGUGGGGUUACCAGCAGCAGCAUCAGCAGCAGCAUCAGCAGCAGCACCAGCAGCAACCGAUGCAGGAGCCUCAGCUUGGCGCUUUCUCUCCCUCCCUCUCUCCCUCUCCCUCUAUCCCGCUCUCCUUCUCCCUCCCUCGAUCUCCCUCCCUCUAACCCUCUCCCUCCCUCUCUCUCCCUCUCUCCCUCCCUCCCGCUCCCCCCCCCCUCCUUCCCUCCCCCUCCUCUCCCCCCCUCCUCCCUCCCCCGCCCUCCCCCAGUCCCUCCCCUCAUGGCUUGUGGACGAGGUCGUCAAGAAGAAAGCAGCCCUCGCAGCAGCAGCAGGAGCAGCAGACUCACCUGCGAAAGCGCCCUCCAAGGACAAAUGGUACAACGAAAGAGGCGCUCUCGCUGCUGCUGGUGCUGGCGCGGGUGGCGCUGCUCGUGGUGCUUCUGGUCGUGGUGGUGGUGGGCGAGGGGGAGUGGGGAGUGACGAUGAGGAGGAGGACGAGGAGGAGGAGGAGGAGGCGGAGGUGCAGCGGAGAAUGGCGAUGAACAAUGAGAUCAAGCGCGUGCUCACAGAAGUGCUGCUCAAGGUCAAUGGAAGCUGUGUCCGCCGCUCGCCGCACCCUCUCCCCCUUGUCCUGCGCUUUCCCUCCCGCCCCACCCUUUCUCCGUUGUCCCGCGCUUUCCCUCCCCCCCACCCUUCAUUUGAGUCGACUCAAAAGCCCCUUCAUCCUUGUCCCGCGCUUUCCCUCCCCCCCUUCAUCCUUGUCCCCCGCUUUCCCUCCCGCCCCACAGUCUCCCCCUUUUCCCGCGCUUUCCCUCCCCCUUCACCCUCUCCCCCUUUCCCCACUCUUUCCUUCCUGGCCCCACCCUUCGCCCUUUUUCCACGCUUUCCCUGCCGCCUGACCCUCUCCCUUUUUCCCCACGCUUUUCCCCCCGCUCCAACCCCUUCCGCUCCGCCAAUAGAGGAAGAAGAGGAGGAGGAGGCGGGGAGGAGAGGAGGGGAUGGCGUGGAGGGGAAGGGGAAGAAGGUUAGUGGAGGGAAAUGGGUGACAGUGGGUGAAGGGGAGGAGGAAGGGAAGGAGGAGGAGGAGGAGGAGAACAGGAGCGAGGGGGAGAAGGAUGGAAACAGGCGUACUCAGGAGGAGGGAAAGGAAGAGGGGAUAGCAGGUGAAGAAUCAGGUGGAAAACCAGGUGCGCCGGACGUGGCAGAAGAAAACAGGAGGGCUGUGGCAGGGGGGGCAGGUGAUUCUGGGGGGAAGGGGGUGGUUGAGAUGAGUAAGGCAACGAGUGGUGAGAGGAAGACGAAGAGUAAGAAGAAGAAGAAGAAACGGUCAGGAGGGGGUGGAGGGUUGCUGGGUGGAGGGCUGUUGGGGAUUGCUUAUGGGAGUGAUGAGGAUGAUGAGGAUGAUGAGGAGGAGGACGAGGAUGAAGAAGAGGAGGAAGAGGAGGAAGACGAAGAGAAGGAGGAGAAAAAAGAGAAGGAGGAGAGUGAGGUGGUAAGGGAUGCGAAGGAUAAAGGGGUUGAUGGUGGUGAAGGGGGUGGGAGUGCGGUGCAUAGGGAUGGAACCGGGAAUCACGAACAAGUUAAGAGGGGGGACGAUGAGGGGGAGAGGGGGAGGAGGAGGAGGGAGGGCGAGGAUGAUGGGGUAGGAAAGGGGAACGAGGCGGAGGAAGGGCGUGGGCGGGCGAGGGGAGAGGAGGAGGGAGGGGAGGAGGAAAGCAGGAAGGGAAAGAUGAGCAGGAGGAGUGAGGGGAAAGAUGAUAAGGAGAAAGAUGGGGAAAGUGAGGAGAGCGAGGGGAGGGAAAAAAAGAGGAGAGGGGAGCAUGAGAGGAAGGAGGGAAUUGAAAAGAGGCAUAAAGAAGAGAGAGAUGGGAAAGUGAAGGAGAAGGAUAAAGAGAAGGAUAGAGAGAAGGAUAAAGAGAAGGAUGACGGAAAAGAGAAGGAGAAGAGGAGGGCUAAGGGCGAGGAGAGGAGCAAAGAGAGGGAUGAGAGGAGGGGCAAGGAGAGGGAGAAGGAGAGAGACAGAAACGGGAAGGAGAGGAAAAGGGAUGGAGAUGAGGAGGGGAGUAGGGACGAAAGCAGGGAGGAGGGCGGCAGGAAGGAACGGAAACGGUCUCAAAGCGAGAGAGAGGAGAAGGACGAGAAGGAGGAGCGGAGGAGCAAGGAGAAGCGCGAGAGGAAAGACAAGUCUGAGGGCAGGAGGAAAGAGGCGAGCAGAGAAAAGAAAGGAGAAGCUGGUGCUGAUGCUGAUGCUGAUAGUGACGACGACAGGAGUGGAGAGCGGGAGAGAGGAAGCAAGCACGGGCGAUCAGAGCGAAAAAAGGAGGCAGGCAGGAAGGGAAGGCAUCGCAGCAAGUCGCGUUCCCGGUCCCGGUCCCCUCAACCCGAGCGCUCUUCCAGUGAUGGCAACGAGGAGGAGGAGGAGGAGGAUCGUGGCAGGUGA